UUGCGAACACGCAGCAGUGUGUACAAAUUAGUAAAGAAAGUUCUCGUGAAGAUGGCCACCGACAAACCGAACGAAGUCGUGACUAUUUCGUAACAUUUUCGUUCUGCAUUUCCAAAUAAUAUCGUCAGGUUUGAAAAAAUACAACGAAAUGGCGUUUCAGAACUCAUUGCGGGAAGCAACUAGGAGGCUUCUGAGACCUCACAAUUGCAGCAAUAAGCUGAAUUUUGCAAAGAAUGCGUACUGGCGGAGUGGAAGUUCCCAACGCGUUGUUCUACCGUGGAGAACGUGGGUUCGUGUGACCCUACUUCGCGGACAAAGUCUACCCGAAUGCCUAGACACAAUACUCAAGUUGCUCAAGAGACAGUUACACGUCUAUGCAUCGCAGAAAUUGCGUCGUAUGGAAGGAGUGAUGAGCCUUUACGGCUAUAUCUACGCAGAGAACAUGUUGCAGACUUUAGCCGGCAAUUUUUCCAGACGAUUUGUGAGAGGAAGGAAACGGCCAUUUUACUUUCUCUUCGGUGGAGCGUGCUUUGUGUGGGACAAACAUAACCGAAUCACAGAUCAAGAAAUGGAUAGUUGCGCUGAUGAUUUUGAAAUGGUUGAAGAGUUGGAGAGACUCGAUAAUGACAACCAAGGGACGACAAGCAAUGCACCAUGGGAUGUCAUCUUGAAACACAAUCACCUGAAAGUCUGGAGACGACCCCUGGAUGAUACCUAUCUCUAUGAAUACAAAGCCUAUGGUUGCUUCAUGGAUGUCUCUGCCAAAUCCUUCUUCCAAGUCCAGUUGGAUCUUGAAUACCGCAAAGUCUGGGACCAGUAUGCUAUCAAGCUGGACGUGGUUGACCAGGAUGAUGACACAGGGUCAGAGGUCAUACACUGGGUCACACACUACCCUUUUCCGAUGUACAGCCGAGACUACGUGUUUGCCCGACGGUUCAAGAUCGACCAUGCCAAUAACAUCAUGACUGUUGUCUCCAAAGCUGUGGAGCAUCCUAAAGUCCCAGCUAGCAAGACCCAUGUCCGAGUUAAUUCCUACUUCUCUCAGAUGGUCAUCAGACCUCAUCGUAGCUUUGAGGAGAAUGGCUUUGACUACAUCUUGACCUACCAUGACGAUCCUCAGACUUCCUUCCCAUCACCUUGUGUCAACUGGAUGACAAAAUCAGGUGUGCCUGACUUUCUUGAGAAGCUUCACCAAGCUGCUAUGCAAUAUGAAACCUACAACGCGCCUCACGUAAUGAUCAGAGACCUGACCUCAGCAGGUGUGGAUGACAGCCAACGGUUUACUCAACACUCACCAGGCCAGUAUUCUAUGUAAAAGGUGUAAUCAGUGAGGUUCUUUAUCUGGGCUUAGUGAGAACCUCACUCACAAACCACAUGAUGUACAUUGUUAUUUGAGGAUUUUGUUCAAAACUUACCUAGCCAGUUUGCCAUGUACAGGAUGAAGUCAAAGAGGUGGUUAUCUUGGAAACUUUGCGAUCCUCAUGUGAGAAGCCUAUAUACCUUGCAAUGUGAGGCAUACUGAAAAGCCUCAAGAGGGUUGUUAUUUGCACUCGCUUGGUCAAUAUGCAGUGUAAUGGAAACGGUUCCCUAUGUUGGAUUUAAACAAGCUCCUCAACUGAAAAUUGUAUGUACCUCAUACUGUUGAGGUGUCCUAAAAUGCCCUAGCAUUCUGAACUACAGACUCACCAGGCCAAUAUGCAAAUUACAGCAUAUAAUCAAUGAGGUUCUAUGUGUGUGACAGCUGGAGAACCUCACUUGAGAAACCCAUACACAUGUACUUUGCACUGUGAGAUGCGGACAAUACAUUGAAAGAUGUAUUGAAGCGCCUCGAUUGGAGGUUGUGGUCACCUCAUGUUCAUAAAGAUACUUUGUUUUGUAUAGGGACCUCACUGUCCUGUCAUCCAAUAAUAGCAAUAUCGUAUGCCAAAUAAAUAAAUGGGUACUAAUAAUCUGGUUAAGUUGGUGAGUAUGAGGCUUAUGAGGAUCUCACACCUCAUACACAUAGAAACACUUGUUAAAACAUAUGGUGAUGCUGGUGAUAACUAGACAUGAGAAUCAAACCUCAGUUGCAGUGUAGACUCUGUGCAGGCCUAUAGAGGGCGCUCUUUUUCCUUCCCACAAGAGUUAAACAUCAGCAAGCUGCAUACAAAUCAUCAAGGCAGUGGUGAAUUUUGCUUUCAUUAAUUGCACUACCAGAGCAACUUAAAACAGAGUUGGAAAAGUAUUAAGGACCCCCUCCCCCUGCCCCCCUUAUGGGUUGGGGAGAAGGGCAAUCAACUUCUCAGUAUAUUCCUUUGUUGGUAUUUCUUUUCUUCACUGGGAAUUAAAUAGUUGAAAUUUGUAAGGUUUGAUUUACAACUUUAGGAGAGUUAGUUGUUUCAUUACAUUUGUGAUGCCCUAAAAAUAAACUUAAAGAAUGCACAUGCGUGUAGUGAAAGGUGUUCCUUUCUUGCAUCUUAAACACUUCAUAUGUAAAGAUGCAAAGAGGUUUGGUGCAGAUGUAUACAUAGUGUUGUUGCUGUAAAAUAAAAGGCUUAAAGCUACAGUCCAUCAUUUGCACCUAUCCAGAAAGUAACUGACAAAAUUACUGUUGAAAAGCAUACUUGGUUUAAAGAUAGUAAUGGGACUAAACUUCGUGUGGAAUUAUUGUUUCUGGCAUGCUGUCAUUUUGAGACAACAAUGAAAGAAGGCCAUUUCCAAAGGUGCGUCUGAAGACUCAUUGGAAAUGUCUGUUAGUAGUUCAUGUUUUAAUUCGGCGAAGCACGCAAACAUUGACACUACUACAUGCGCUUUCUUUUGGGGGGGGGGUUGCUAUAUUUUUCGGGUAAGUGUGCCACAUCGCGUAGCUGCAUUCAACUGAAUGAGGACGUAUCCUAGACACUGAAUUCGGGUGCAAUUCAAAACAUGACUUGGCACAUUUUGAGUUGAAAUUGAGAUCCUAGAAUACUGGGGUUUUUUUGGACUGUACAGCAUUCACUGAACUAAAAUUCAUCAGGUUAGUUGUUACCAACUUUCUUUAGAUUUUGAGCACUUUCGUUGCUUCAAACGAACAUAAUGCACAAACUACAAAUGAUGUACUCUACCUUUAACAUGACAUGUAUCUACCUUGGAUGUUCUCAGAUAAUCUAUUUGUUGAUUCAUCUAGUUUUCUCUGCAUCAUAUACUAGUUUAUACCUUAUUAUUUCACAAAUGCCUUAAGCCAAGUUCAACACAUUUUAUGAUUUUUCACAGUAUUUUCCCCAAACUUAAAGAGUGCACAAAAAUAGAGAAGUAAAUGAAUUACCACGGCAGUAAUUGCAGCAUACUAUUCUCUACACUACUUGUACUAGUGUGUCUUAACAUUUCUUUGUUAAAACAAGGAGUACGGUAUCUUAUGGUAGAUCGGAAAGUGUCUUUUUUCCAACAGAAUGACAAAGCGUAAAUGAUUUUUGCCCUUUUGUACAUAACAAAAAAACUGUGAUGAUAGACUGAAAGGCCUUGAUCCCAUUUAACUAAAAUGUAGUCUCAACUUAAACUGAGAAAAUAACAAGAUGUGACUUGCCAUCUUCCAACAGUCUCUUUAACAUUUUGCUGUGACGAAUCUUCAGAUGUCCAUUUAUUAAAUUGUUUUACAACUUGGUCUAAAAGACUGUUUUGUUUAAAACUUGAUAAAAUUGUUUAUUAUUAAUUCACAUUAAUGCAGUGUUUUAAAUUGAACUUCAUUUGUGUAAGCUCGCUUCAAAUAAACCAAUGCAAAUCAUAA